AUGAAUACAAAACUUAUUAUUUUGACAUUGUUCGUGUUUGGAAUAACAAUUGCCCAAUGUGGACGAAUAAAAAAACGAUAUUCUUCUGAUGAUUCUUCAGACGACUCGGGACAAGGUGAUGAUGGUGAUGAUCUCGAUUCUGAAAAACGUGCAAUAAGUCAAUUUUUACAAGAUCAAGAUGAAGCUAAUGAAUUUCUUGAACGUCGUAAUUUUGAAAAACGAUUAUUCUCAAGUGAUCCAUUAGACAAGAUGAAAGAAGCCAAGAAAGCAUAUGAAAAAGUUUGCGAACGAACAUUUCAUGCAACACGAUGGUGUCCAGAUUUAUCAACAUGGAAAGAUUGGCAACAAGCAUGGCUUCAAGCGGGCAGUGGUAAAAAGUGA